AUGUUGGCGGGUGCAAUCGGGUCAAUCAUGAUAUAUCCUGGACCGUAUUUUGAAGCCAUUAGUUCUUAUCCUUUGCCUGCUAGUAUUGUUAACUCCGAUCAAGCGUCAAUUAUCGCUGACUACUUAGAAUCAACAGAAAAUGCAAUAGCAGUAAUAAUGAAGAGUGAAGAUAUCAACAAUGUGUCAACCCCAUAUGUUGCAUCUUUCUCGUCAAGAGGUCCAAAUCCGACAAAUAAAAACAUUCUUAAGCCAGACUUAACAGCUCGUGGGGUGAGAAUUCUAGCAGCAUGUGGUAUUGCUGCUUAUAUCAAAACAUUUAACCCGAAAUGGUCUCCAGCAGCCAUUAAGUCGGCUCUCAUGACAACAGCUUCCGUUAUGAAUGGUGAGACGGAUGCUGAAUUUGCAUAUGGAGCCGGCUAUCUUAAUCCAUUGGCAGCUAUGAAACCUGGGCUGAUAUACGAUGCUUUUGAGAUCGAUUAUACUUUGAAGCAUAAGGACAAUGUAGCUGAGCUUGCAAAAGACUAA